AUUGGAGAAAACAUUUGACCAACCAACAAAUGUAAGAUCGUCCUUUCCGUUUUGGCCACAAAAUCCCUUAGCGAGGGACUUGAGGCUGUUACAUCAUGGUUGCCACAACCAGACUGUACGUGAGGGCGGUGUUCACUGGCUACAAGCGUGGCCUGCGUAAUCAGUACGAGAACACAGCACUGCUGAGAAUUGAGGGAGUUGAGAACCGCAAAGAUGCUGACUGGUACCUGGGCAAACGCUGUGCCUACGUCUACAAGGCCAAGAACAAGAAGAGGCCAGCUGGCUACACCAAGGCCGUCAAGACGCGGGUCAUCUGGGGCAAGGUGACCAGGCCUCAUGGGAAGAGCGGUGCUGUUAGGGCUCGCUUCAAGACCAACCUCCCCCCGCAGGCCAUGGGCAGGAGAGUCCGAGUGAUGUUGUACCCCUCUCGUGUUUGAAGAUGUGUCCAUCAAGCCGUUCAAAGAGCCUGCUGUCCCAGAGUUAGAGAUGAAGUCAUUAAGGUUGUUAAUAAAGAUGCAAGGAAAUAGAUAAGUAA